AUGGAUUCUCUCUCCAUUGACAGUUCGAGCUCCUGGGAGCAGCGCGACUCCACGCUGCCCCUCGCCCAAGGCCCGCUGCCGCCUCCACCGAGCAGCCCAACCCGCCAGCGCCGCCAGAAGCACUCGCAGGCCCUCGUCCGCUACCAGCCGCCCCAGGUGUGCGGCGUGCUCGAGGUGCGCAAGAACGCCUGCUUCCUUGGCGUCACCGCCAUUGUGCGCCGCGAGACGCGCGAGCUCGUCGACUCGAGCGAAUACGGUACCUACGAGUACCCCAGAGUCAAGUAUGUCGUCGAGGACCUUAGCUGGCCCGUCUUCAAGCGCUUCGGCGGCCUGGACAUUAUAGACCCGGACCUCCUCCACGUGCUGGAAUCCAAGUCGCGCUGGUGGACCAAGACGGAUGACUGGUUCCUCCUGGCCCAGUACGCCUUUGGCAAGAGCCGCAGGAGGACCCUAUUCACCUUUGCUGAUCCGAGUGUGCCUACCCUUCCGCGUGCUUUGCCUGCCCCUCCCUACGCCGGAGACCAGAGGGAUUGCCGUGUGUCUGACCGCAUUGAGGAACUCGCUUGA